CAAAGCGCACAUUGUCGUCAAGCACCGAAGCUACCAUCGAGAUCGACGCGUUGUUUGAGGGCCAUGACUUCUACACAAGGGUUAGCCGAGCGCGCUUCGAGGAGUUGUGCGCCGACCUGUUCCGCGGCACACUGCAGCCUGUGGAGAAGGCUCUGAAUGAUGCCAAGAUGGACAAGAGCCAGAUUCACGACAUCGUCUUGGUUGGCGGCUCGACACGUAUUCCGAAGGUGCAGAGCCUGCUGCAGAACUUCUUCUCAGGAAAGAGCCUCAACCUGUCUAUCAAUCCGGACGAGGCGGUGGCCUACGGAGCCGCCAUUCAAGCUGCCAUUCUUAGUGGAGACCAGAGUAGCCAGAUCAAGGACGUGCUGCUGGUCGAUGUCGCGCCGCUCUCACUGGGCAUAGAGACAGCUGGUGGAGUAAUGACGAAACUGAUUGAGCGCAACAGCCGCAUUCCUUGCAAGCAGUCGAAGACCUUCACCACAUACGCGGACAACCAGCCCGCCGUGACAAUUCAGGUGUUUGAGGGCGAGCGCGCCAUGACAAAGGACAACAACGUGCUGGGCACUUUCAAUCUGACCGGCAUUCCGCCAGCUCCGCGCGGUGUGCCAAAGGUGGAAGUUACCUUCGAUUUGGACGCCAACGGCAUACUCAAUGUGACAGCCAAGGAGAUGAGCACUGGCAAUGCCAAGAACAUAACCAUCAAGAACGACAAGGGACGUCUCUCGCAAGCCGACAUCGAUCGCAUGGUGAGUGAGGCCGAGCAGUAUGCCGAGGAGGACGAGAAGCAUCGCCAGAGGAUUGCUGCUCGCAACCAGCUGGAGAGCUACAUCUUUGGCGUAAAGGAGGCUGCCGAAAACGCUAAAGACAAGAUUUCGCAGUCGGAGCGAAGCACCGUGCUGGACACGUGCAGCGAAGCAAUCAAGUGGCUCGAUGCUAAUACCACAGCCGAGAAGGAGGAGUACGAAUACAAACUGCAGGAACUCACAAAAGUCUGCAGUCCUGUGAUGACGAAGAUGCAUCAGUCAGCUGGAGGCGGCGAUGGUCCUCAAGCGUCCCACUGUGGUCAACAAGCUAGAGGCUGCAAUGGUAGCGGUGGCCCCACCAUUGAGGAGGUUGAUUAAAAGUACAAUGUUCCU